AUGCCAGAAUGGCGAGGAUUAUUCUUCGACCUGAUCGACAGCAGCAUCGCCCCCCCGGGUCUUUUCCGAUCCAUUAUUAUCGAACUUGGGAAGAUAAAACCGUACCACGAUGUCUACUACGACGGGAAAGCUUUCGCAUAUGCCUUCGGAAACAUACUGAAAUUGCGCAUGGAUAUCCGCCAGCUCGCGAGUAUAACUCUCCAAAGACUCUCUGAUACCUAUAAUCUCAGCAUGGAUAUCGCUGAACCCGCCGCGAAGGAUAAGUUCAUGGGCGUACACCUCUACACACAUCAAGACACUCUAGGCCCCGAAGCCGGCUGGCCUGCGCUCGACAGGACAUACGCAGCGUAUGAAAACGAGACAAAGAUGUACCUGGAACAGGCAUCCAAAUCCAAUUAUAGCGUCAUCUACGUCGCCUCAACGGACCGCAAUGAAGUUUCGCAAUUUGCAGAAGAUGCAAAACCUAUGAUCGUAACAUCGAAGUUUAAUCUAUUAGGCAUGGGAAGGGAGAUAGAGAUGCUGGCCAGAUUGACGCCGGAACAGCAGACUUUUAUAGACUUCCUGGUGCUGCAGAAAGCGAGUGAGUUUUGGGGGGUUGGGCACAGUGCCUUUAGCUGGAAUGUGGCGCUGAAGAGACAUACUUUCUUGUCGGAUGGGAAGUUUGAGGACGGGAAGAACGCAUUUGACGAUGAAUUGAGCCACAUUUAUGGGAGGAAGGGGGAAAACCAAAUGCUUGCGACACGUAUGUGGCCAUGA